CAGCUUGGUGUGUCCACGGGUGAUAUACCAAACUUCGGCUCUAACAACCUAUCAACGAUUCCUGGUAUCCUCCGCCCCUGCCUUGCCUGCUGCAGUGCUCCAACAUUCCCUCUUACAUCUACUUGCGGCAUCUCCGUCAACUGCAUUUUCACAGAAUCGUUCUCAAGGGAACGCGACAGUUGGUACUACCCGUGUUCCCAGACCGCCACCACAGGAGCCAGACACUCUACUCCUCUUGUACCAGUGCCGAUCCACAGCUUGGUGUGCCCACAGACAAUAUACCAAACCUCGCACUCUAACAACCUGUCAACGACUCCUCGUAUCCACAACGGCUGCAUUUUCUCUCUUCUCAGAGUCGUUCUCAAGGGAGUGUGUCAGUUAGUACUGCCUGUGUUACCGGACAAUCGGUACGCAUUCUAACAUAUCUAACCUUACAGUCACCUUUGGAGAGUUUUGCAGAAAACUUACCGGGAAAAUAACAAAUGAGAAGUUCUUCAGAAACUAUACCAAUUGCAAUAAGAAAUAUAAAACUGGUCUUACAAUGGAACAUUCAUUAGUUGCUACAGACAUUGAAGAAAAUAUUGAUACGUAUAGUCAAAACAAUACUGAGGACAGGAAUUUUAAAUUAGAAGAAAUUAGAUCACGAGAGGAGACUGAAAUAUCUUCUAAACACGAUGAAUUGAUAACUGAUACAAGAAAAAGGAUAUUUAAAGAUGCUCUUUUAGAAGAAGCAAAUAGUCAAAAUGGAAUUUUAAGAACAAAAAAGAGAAAAACGGAGACUGACUCAGGUGAAGACCAAGAUGAAUCAAUUGGAUGUAUGGAUAUUAUAGACAAUAUGAAUAAUUCUUCUUGUCUUCUCAUCACUGAAACCAAUGAAUAUUUGAAAGAAAAUUAUGCAGAAUCUAAACUAAAUCCUAAAUUCCUUUUAACAGAUUGUGGAUCAAGAGAAUAUACUGAGACAGUUACAAUCAACAAAGAGUUACAAGAUAAUUCUGAACGAGAAGAUACCUUUUGUGAACCUUUCAAGGAUUUAGAAAUGACCGAAUAUGAGAAAAUAGAGGAGGAACUGGAAUUAAGACAUUCUUUUAAAGACGUAUUAGCAAAUAGUGAUGAAAGAAAAGAAGAUAAAAUAGAAGAGGAACUAAGUGAAAUUUUUGAAGACGAAUCGGCAACAAAUAGUGACGUAACUUUAAUCGAAACGAUCGAAAUUGAUUCAACAGAAGAAAGAAAAAAAGACAAAAUAGAAGAAAAACCAAGUCAAAUUAUUAAAGACCAAACUACAAACAGUGACAUGACUUCGAUCGAAAUAGUCGAAAAUGAAUCAACAGAAGAAAUAAAAAAAGAAAAUGUAGAAGAGGAACUACGUCAAAUUUAUAAAGACGAAUCAGUAAAUAAUGCCUUAACUUUGACCAAAAUAGCCGAAAGUGAGUCACCAAAGGAAAGAAAAAAAGACAAAAUAGAAGAGGAACCAAGUCAAUUUUUUAAAGACCAAUCAGAAAACAGUGACAUAAUUUCGAUCGAAAUAGUCGAAGUUGAAUUAAUAGAAGAAAUAAAGAAAGAGAAAGUAGAAGAGGAACUAAGUCAAACUUUUAAGAACGAACCAGAAAAUAAUGACGUAACUUUGACCGAAACAGUCGAAACUGAGUCGACAGAAGAAAGAAAAAUAGACAAGGAAUCAAGUCAAAUUGUUAAAGACCAAUCAGCAAACCGUGACAUAACUUCGAUCGAAAUACUUGAAGUUGAAUCAGUAGAGGAAAUAAAUAAGACAGAAAAUAUAGAAAAGAAACUCAGUGAAAUUUUUAAAGACGAAUCAGCAAGUAAUGACGUAACUUUGACCGAAAUAGUCGAAAGUGAGUCAGCAAAAGACAAAAUAGAAGACGAACCAGAUCAAUUUUUUAGAGACCAAUCAGCAAACGGUGACAUAACUUUGAUUGAAACAGUCGGUGUUGAAUCCACAGAAGAAACAACUAAGCCCAUAGAAGAGUUAAAAGACGAUUCUGAAACACAAAAUCUUGAAUUGAUAGAUUCUAUAAGCAAUGAACAAAGAGAAGAAUUUUCCGAGAAAAUUGUGCUCGACGGACAAGAUAUUUUCGAAAAAUCUGUGCCAAAUCCUGACUUGCGUUCAAAAAUUUUGGCUCUGCCUCCGGCGUCCAACUGGGAAGGAACAUCACAUGAGCCCUACCAGUUGGUACAUAUCAGUCCAUCUUCAGAUGAAUACACCAAAGUUAAAAAUUUAUUUUCACAAACUUGUAGAAAAUUAACCAUGACCAAGCUAGAACGCGUUGAAAACCCAUAUUUAUUGGCCAAUACUUGUUGA